AAUCAGAUUUUGUCUUCAGGUUUCCUCUGAUUCUGGAUCGUCCUCCACCACGUACACCGUCACAUCCCAACGCAGACCGUCCAGGACCGUAACAGCCAUGAAGAGCCUGAAACUGGUCAACAAAAGCAUCCAGGCAGGGGACCUAGAGAUCGUGAGUAACGGGACCCGGAGAAACACCAGGGACGUGGGAACCACGUUCCCUUCUCCUGGUGGAGCCAGAGGUUUAGCACAGAUUCCCUCGUCUUCAUCCAGCGGAGGGAGUGGGAGACGGGGGGGGCCCUCUAAAGCUCCAGGCCACCAGAAACAGAGGAGGAACAAGAGGAGCCCCGCCAAGCCUUACCCUGAAGGUGUUUCGUGGUUCAUCUCUGCUGACACCCCGAGGUCCGAGGCGAGGAAAGAGAACCGGCCCGAGGAGCCCUGGGCUCACACGACCACGGCCUGGUUUGAACCGUACAGCCGGGUCGGUGCGUGGAGGGAGCCGCUCAGACAGAGACAAGUCCACGAGGACCCGAGCAGACAGACAAGAGUUCAACGUCAAGAGGAGCCUGAUCCAGAUCCUGGAACCAAACCCAUGUCUUCUGGUCUGGUGCCGGUGUCCCUGCGGGAGGCUUUGGAACUGCAUCGACCAGAGUUCAUCUCCCGGUCCAGGGGGAGGAUGCAGCGUCUGACUCAGCAGGUGGAGGAGAGGAAGCUGCAGGAAGUCGUCAACAGAGAGAGAGACGAACUGCUGCUGCAGCCGACAGAGCCGGCACGGCUGCCCAGACCUGCAGUGGCUGCUCGCCUGAGGAGAGCCGUUCCCAGGAAGGAGAUGAUCCAGAGGUCCAAACAGAUAUACGAGAAGUUACCGGAGGUGCAGCGCAGACGAGAGGAAGAGAGGAGGAAAGCAGAGUAUCGCUCAUUCCGACUCAACGCCCAGCUCUACAACAAGAGAAUCACGAACAGAGUUCUGGGCAGACGGACGGCCUGGCAGUGACUCAUUUUACUCAGUUUUAAUGUAAAAUAAUUCAUGCUUUGAUUUUUUU